GACUCUCCACUGGUGUUCCAUGGAUUAUGUGCAAGCAAGAAGAUGCUCCCUCUACCUAUCAUAGACACAUGCAAUGGUUUAUUACUGUGAAGAUUUCAAACAAACUCAAGCAACAAGCCAAAGAUGUGGGACAGAGAAUUGGACUGGUUGGUACACAGAGUUUGGAGUUGCUGUACCAUACAGACCAGUCGAAGAUAUUGCAUAUUCCGUUGCACGAUUCAUACAAAAAGGAGGUUCCUUCGUCAAUUACUAUAUGUAUCAUGGAGGAGACAAAUUUUGACAGAACAGCCGGUGAGUUCAUGGCUUCAAGCUAUGACUAUGAUGCUCCUCUCGAUGAAUACGGUUUACCAAGAGAACCAAAGUAUAGUCAUUUGAAAGCAUUGCAUAAGUCAUCAAACUUAGUGAGCCAGCUUUGCUUUCUGCUGAUGCUACGGUCACAUCGCUUGGUGCUAAACAAGAAAGCUUAUGUGUUCUGGUCUAAAUCAUCUUGCGCCGCGUUUUUAUCGAACAAAGAUGAGAGUUCUGCAGCGAGAGUUAUGUUCCGUGGAUUCCCAUAUGACUUGCCUCCUUGGUCAGUCAGUAUUUUACCUGAUUGCAAAACAGAGUUUUACAACACUGCAAAGGUUAAUGCACCAAGCGUACACAGGAAUAUGGUUCCUACUGGUACUAGAUUCUCUUGGGGAUCAUUCAACGAAGCGACUCCUACUGCGAAUGAAGCUGGCACGUUUGCAAGAAACGGGCUUGUGGAACAGAUAAGCAUGACUUGGGACAAAUCUGACUACUUCUGGUAUCUAACAGACAUUACAAUCGGUUCCGGUGAGACAUUUUUGAAGACUGGUGAUUCCCCUCUUCUUACUGUUAUGUCAGCUGGACAUGCUCUUCAUGUGUUUGUCAAUGGGCAGCUUUCAGGAACUGCUUAUGGAGGACUUGAGCACCCAAAACUAACCUUUAGCCAGAAGAUCAAACUACAUGCAGGUGUCAACAAGCUUGCUCUUUUGAGUGUUGCAGUGGGUCUCCCGAACGUCGGUACGCAUUUUGAAAAGUGGAAUAAAGGAGUUCUUGGUCCGGUCACAUUGAAGGGAGUUAACUCCGGAACAUGGGACAUGUCGAAAUGGAAAUGGUCCUAUAAGGGUGAAGCUUUGAGUCUUCAUACCAACACAGAGAGUUCCGGUGUGAGAUGGACUCAAGGAUCAUUUGUGGCCAAGAAGCAACCAUUAACCUGGUACAAGUCUACUUUUUCUACACCAGCAGGCAAUGAACCAUUGGCUUUAGACAUGAACACAAUGGGAAAAGGUCAAGUUUGGAUAAAUGGUAGAAACAUUGGACGUCAUUGGCCAGCAUAUAAAGCUCAAGGAUCUUGUGGACGUUGUAAUUACGCUGGAACUUUCGACGCAAAGAAAUGUUUAAGUAAUUGUGGUGAAGCUUCACAAAGAUGGUAUCAUGUACCUCGUUCAUGGCUUAAGUCUCAGAACCUUAUAGUUGUCUUUGAAGAGUGGGGUGGUGAUCCUAAUGGAAUCUCAUUGGUGAAAAGAACAUGAAAAGCUUCUUCUGGUUCCGAGUUUUCAGGACAGAAGCAAGCUGUUUGAUUUGUUUGUCUAUAUCUCUCUCUGGCUUUGCUUUGAAGAUAGAGACAGAGCUGGAAAUUUUCUUUAUGAAUUUGUGCAGUGAUUACAAAGAAUUAUACAACAUGUAUAAGUAUAAUUGUAUAUUACUACUAGUCAUCAUCAAUGGCUUAAUAAAAUUCACAGAGUAAU